UUGGGGCGAGAGCAUGCUCCUCUCCUCCUCUUCUUCCCUUGCCUGGGCUUCAUCUGAUCUCACCUCACGCGCACACUCCCCCGAUCACUCCCCCCUUCUCCGCCUCCAGCUCACACCCACCGCCCCACCCCUUCUUCCCCCUCGCACUCAAAUCCAGAGCCUCGCAGAUCCGCCGCCUCCCCGAUCCGAUCGCCUCCGCCUCCUCCCGAUCGGAUCCCGCAGGGUUUGGGUGUCUGCGGCGAUUUAGAUGGUUUACGAUGGCGCCGUGAAGGACCAGGAGAGCGCGGCAAACACAGCGUCGGCAUCGUCGGCGGUGACGGAGGCAUCGGGGGAUUCGCCCGCGGCGUCGGAGGCGGCGGCGGUGAGCACGAGGCCCUCGGCGAGGCCGCCGCACGAUAAGAGACUCGGCGUGCGGCACCCCUUGAAGCACCGCCGGUUCCGUGCCGGGGGGAAGAUGAUGGUGGAGCCAGGAGGGGUGCCGCCCGCUCAGGCUGUGGCAGAAGGGGAGGAGGAGGAGGAAACCAGCGAGGUGGAAGAGGACGAGGCGGAGGAGGAGGAGGCCUCGUCCACGGAGACGGAGAUGCAGGCUGCCGAUGUGGAGGUGUCAUCCGCGCCGGCAGCAGGGGUACAAGCGAUGGAGGUGGACGGGGGCGAAAUGGAGGCAUCACCUGAGCCAGCGGUGGCUGUGGGGGACACAGAGUUGGAGGCCCAGCAAGAAGAGGAGGAUGAGGUUUCAUCCAUAGCGGUGGCACAGGGGGAGAGGAAGCAGGAGGCCACACCUGCAACGUCUACCGUACUAGCUGUGGAGGCGCCCAAGGAGAAGGAUCAGGAUAAGGAGAGGGAGGAGAAGGAGAAGAGGGACAAGGAGAGGGAAAGGCAGAAGGAGAGGGAGAGGGCGGAUGAGGUUGGCUAUAUGAGUGGAGGAUGGAAGAGUGUUGACGGAAGGCUGAAUUGUGGGUAUUCAAGUUUUAGAGGAAAAAGGGCAAGCAUGGAAGAUUUCUAUGAUAUAAAAUCAUCUAAAAUUGAUUAUAAACAAAUAAGUCUCUUCGGAAUUUUUGACGGUCAUGGCGGUUCACGUGCUGCUGAGUAUUUGAAGGAGCACUUGUUUGACAACCUCAUGAAACAUCCGGAGUUCAUGAAAGAUACAAAAUUAGCUAUAAGUAUUAAUCCAGUCAUCAUCUGGCAACUUGAAACAUAUAGAAAGACAGAUUCAGAGUUCUUGGAUGCUGAAAGGAACUCUCAUAGAGAUGACGGGUCAACUGCAUCAACAGCAGUGUUGGUUGGUGAUCAUCUUUAUGUGGCAAAUGUUGGAGACUCAAGAGCUGUUAUAUCGAAGGCUGGCAAAGCUAUUGCGCUAUCUGAAGAUCACAAGCCGAACAGAAGUGAUGAGAGGAAGCGAAUUGAGAGUGCUGGUGGGAUAGUUAUGUGGGCUGGAACAUGGAGGGUAGGUGGCGUACUUGCGAUGUCUCGGGCAUUCGGCAACCGUCUGCUAAAGCAAUUUGUUAUUGCGGAGCCUGAGAUUCAGGAACAAGAAAUAAAUGAUGAAUUGGAGUUUCUGAUUAUAGCUAGUGAUGGGCUGUGGGAUGUGGUUCCGUUUCCGGACUUUGGACAAGAAGGUAAUUAUGGAGAUUCCCUUAGAGCUAAUGCUGACUAUAACUCAAAAGAAACCUUGGAUGUUUUUCCCUGACAUUAUUCCACUAGGUCAUCCUAUAUUCGACAUUAUUGAAUCAACAGAUCCAGAGAUGGAUUGGGAUCUAAGAUUAGCUUGCCUUCUUCUCUAUGCAUUUGAUAUAGAAGACAACUUUUGGCAGUUAUGUGGUGAUUUUUUGCCAGGGCCUGAUGAAUGCACUAGUUUGCUGCUGGCACCGAAGUUUGAAUGAAUUUACAUGCCUGGCUUUCUAGGAGGAUUUGAUGGAACUAGAAGAUGAAGAUCUUGCCUCAGAAAUGUUAAAGCACCAGCAACGAGCAAUUGACUUCUGG